AUGAUGCUGAUCCAGAACCAUCCAGUCCCCAUCAUCACCAUGGUGAAUGGCCUGGCCACCGCGGCUGGGUGUCAGCUGGUUGCCAGCUGUGACAUUGCCGUGGCGAGUGACACGUCCUCCUUUGCCAUGCCAGGUGUGAACAGAGGGCUCUUCUGUUCCACCCCCGCAGCGGCCUUGGGGAGAGCAGUGCCGAGAAAGGUGGCCUUGGAGAUGCUUUUCACUGGGGAGCCUAUCUCUGCCCAAGAGGCCCUACUCCACCGGCUGCUGAGCAGGGUGGUGCCGGAGGAGCGGCGGGAGGAAGGUGGCCUCACUGAGCCGGCCGGUGCUGUCGCUGGGCAAGGCCACCUUCUACUGGCAGCUGGCCCAGGACAUCAGGACUGCCUACCACCUCACCUCCCAGACCAUGGUGAACAACCUGGGCCUGCCGGAUGGCCAGAAGGGGGUCAAGGCCUUCCUCCAGAAGAGGAAGCCCGUCUGGCCACACUGA